GUGCAGAGUUGCCACAGCGACAGCUUCCACUUAUCCCUAGAUAAGACGGGCAAGAGAAUCAGCUGCAGCCCCAGUCCAGAAAGAUCCUCCAGCGAGCCCCGGCAACAAACUGCACCUUCCCUACCACCUACACGGCUCAUAGUAUCUUCAGAGGAGAAAAGCCUGUUUCAAUGAUGUCAACAGAAUGUGUUCAGCCACUUGAUAUCCCAGAGGACAGACUGGACGAGCAAGAUUCACAGUGUAACCAUUUAGAAGAUCUUUCAGAGCAGCUGAUUAAGAGCUGUGACCUCAAAAAAAACCCAAGGAAAGGUAAAACCCUCACAGCUUCCCAGAAGACUGAGCAGGAGCAAAAGAAACCAAAGAGAAAAGAUACACCGGCUUUUUACACUCCACCACCUCUAACAGGCAUAGUUUCAGAGUCAUCUGAAAAUCUGCUGAAAAGGUAUGGUAUCAUAGAGAAGUCACAGAGAAAGAGUCCAGUCUCUCAAAUCACUGAACUGGAGCAGAAAAAGCCCAGAAGAAAAGAUACACCUGCAGUACACAUCCCACCUUUGAUAAUAGGCACUAAGGUGUUUAGAGAAGAAGAACAAACAGUGAUUAUGGAAGAUGAAGAAAAGGAUGGAGAUGUAAUCCACAGUUAGAUUACAGUGAUACUUCAAUAAUACAAUGUAAAUAAUCAUGGGUCAUUCUAAGUGGUGGCACAUUAAAAAAGAUCUUUCAUCUUUAUAAAUGAUUUUCUCAAUUGUACACUUGAAUAUAAACUAUUGUCAAGUGCUUAUCUGCUUAUCUGCACCUCAUAAUUCCCAGCAAAUAUGAUUUGAGAUGAUGGCAGAAAUUUCAGUUACACAGGGUUUGAAGCAUUCUGUUGAUUUACUACAAGUGGCUUCCUAGCAUUUUUGUCAAUGAGGAAUCCACCCCAGAUCAGAUCUAACUCUGUGCAGUGUGGUACUCAUACAGUACUGUAUGAGCAAUGAGCAUGUGUGUAUAUAUAUAUAUACACGCUCAUACUAGCACUAGAAGUGGUAGUGCAGAGUAGUAAACAUUAACUAAUGAUUCAGAUUUCUUUUUUUGCCUGACACUUUACCUCAUUUGUCCAGCUUUCCUUUCUUGGAAUAACACUGACUGCAGUGAAAAUUCCCAUGUGGAGAGCUGAUGGGAUAGAUGGAGAAGGUUAGAGUGCAAGGAUUCAACGUGAGUCCCUGAAAUGCAAAGCAAAAAUUUCCUCUGCCUGUAUCCACUCACGACUUGUGUCUGUAAGGAGAAAAAGAUAGAUUUACUGUAGAAUUAAACUUUACACCUAAGGUCUCUCAGCACUGACAGACACAACAAACAGGAUGUAGGGCAGAAAUCUCAGAGGAGAAACACUAGGGCAGUGCAACGCCUGCCUGUUACACCAGUGUAGACAAUUGUCUCCACUGGCUCGGUGAAAGAUAAUAUAGUUGGAUAGUUGAACCUUUUGCUCCAAAUAAUUUCUUUUCAUAUCUGCUUUUUAAAUUGAGUCCUAGGUAAUCAGUUAGGAGAGGUUGUAAAGAUUCAAAAUCAUAGCAGGAAGGUAAAAAUUGAGUAAAAGGAAUAAUGUUACUCAACAGCGUAUGCUUACUACAAGGUAGAAGAGCAUCAUGUGACUUUUUAAAGCUUACCUCAAUGAUUCAAUGAAGAAUUCUUUUCACAGCCAGCUACUGCCUUUAGCAUUUGGAGAGAGAUGGGUAUUGGAAGACUAUUUUACCAUAAAAAAAAGGUAGAACUGGACACUUUGUGCUUGCCUUAAUAACUCUGGGCUAGAUGGAGUAACACUGCUAGCUGAACCCUUAGGGAACUAAGCAGAGAGUUUGAAGAUUAUCUAGUCUGGCAGACUGUAUUUAGUUAUCUUUCCAACUCAGACAGACAGCAGACAGCUGCAGACCAUACUAGUUUGGACUUCAUUUGCCAUUGUGACUGACUCAGCAUCUUUCAUGAGAAUGCAGUCCAUUCACAAAUAUAUGUGAAUGUAUACUCUCAAGAUGUAAUCAAUGAGCUUGCAAUAAAUAAUUGCCUAAUAAAUUGCACAAGAGGUCUGCUAUAUUAUUAAUGGGAUGCCUCUUACUUAGAAAGUGUACUUGUUUUUAUCCUAUUAACCUAUCAGAGAUAAUAUUUAAAAUAUAAACAAUCAAUAGUUCAAAUAACAGCAUUAAUAUAAGAUCCCCAGUAAAGUAUGUCACAACGAGUACAUGACAAGAAAUAUGUAUGACUCAGGUCUACCUUUACCAGUGAAAUUGGUUAAUAUUUUCAGUGCAUGUGGAGUGAGCUGAUCUUGGCUAGAUGCCAGGUGGCCCUCAUGCUAUCACUCCCCUUUUACAGCAGGACAGUGGAGAGAAAAUAAGAUGUAAAACAACUAGUAGGUUGAGAUAAGGCAGUUUACAAAAGCAAUAAAAAAGAAAAGCAAAAGUUUAUGCCUGCAUAAGCAAAAGGGAAAAUAAUCAAUAUCUACUUCCCAUCAGCAAGUAAUACUCAGCCAUUUCCCAGGAAGCAGGAUUUCAGCAGACAUUUCUGGAGCGGUUGCUCCAGAAGGCAAAAAUGGUAAAAUAACAAAUGUCCCUCAUUCCUCUUCUCUCUCUCAUAGCUUUUGUAUCUGAGCUGAUACCAUAUGGUAUGGAAUAUCCCUUUGGUUUAUUUGGGUCACUUCUUUUGUCCUAGUUGUGUCUCCUCCCAGGAUCUUGCCCACUCCCUUGACAGGAGGCAGGGGACAGAAUGUUAGACAGUGCUAAUGCUCUGCCAGUGCUGCUCGGCAGUAGCAAAAACACUGCUGUGUUUUCAACACCUUUCCAGCUACCAAUAUAAAGCACAGCACUCUGAGUGCUGCUAAGGCAAAAUGAACUUGAUCUCAGCCAGACCCAAUACAGCACAAUACAGCAAGAGUGAAAUGUGAAGUCCUGAAAAAAUUAAAAUUUGCUAUGGAUUAGCCAUGAAAAUCUACAUAUUUAGACAUGAAGGGGCUUAACAACACAAAGCAGGAGCAGAGAUAGGACUGACGUUACUGCUCUGAAAAGGGUUUGUCUCCUAGCCUGGGAAAUGCUGACACAGCUUAAUGGGAAAUUAAAAAAAAAACAAAAAAACAAAAAAAACAAAAAACAACAAAAAACAAACAAACCCCCCCCCCUAUCCUUUAAGCCUAGCACUGUAUAAUGCUUGGCAAAGAGGAGUGACAUCUCUAAUGGCACAGUAGCCUAAUUUACCAUUGCUGUAUUGAUGAAAUUGAAGCCCAGACAGAAGAAUGCUUCUGUUUCCUUUAAAAAUGGCAUAUUCAGAGCCUGCCAAUUCAGCAUUUUGGGGAUUUUCCACCCAGGACCAACAUGAGCAAUUAAAAGUAAUUUUUCACUUGAUAAAUUAGGUAAAUAGAAGGUUUUGUAAUGUUCCUAACAAGCAACAAGGACCUGAUAGUAAAAAUAAUGCCUCAAAAAGUGCUUCAUCAUUAUCUCUUUGAACACCUGAAUACUAAGAGCAGCCCACUUUGAUGUCCAUAAAAAGGAAGGCAAAACCUGUGGAAAACUAGAGAGGAGGAAGAGAAUGACAGAAACUCUAGCAUUUGCCUCCCUGCCCCCUCUCCACCCUCGGCCUCUUCUGCUGCCUUCCAAGCUUUUUCACAGCUGCAGAAAGCACCUAAAGCCUCCAAAAGCUGAGACAUCACCAAGCCCUGUAUCAUGCCUCCAGCCUGGGGAAAACACUAGCCUACUGUGACACACAGGUGAUUUGUGGAAACCCUCCUCUGCUCCUGCAUCCCCUGGUGUGAGCAACAAGAGUAGACCAAAGUCAGCUCCAGGGACCACAUGCUGCACCUUCUUUUCAGGUCAGUGACUGCAUUCCAGCUGAGCUGCUAACCCUCAAGACUAGAAAAGCCAAUAAGCUACUCCAAGUAGCAGGGAAGAUUAAAAAAAAAAAGGCAAAAACUCCUUUGCCCCCUACCCCCCUCAGUGAAAAGGUAGAAAGUGUGUUUGGUAAACUAUCCUAUGCUUGUAAAGUAAUCUUAGCUUUUUUCCAACUUUUCUCUACUUUCCCCUUUCUCUCUCUUAGCUUCUCCUACAGUUAAUAAAGUGAAAAUAUCAAUUCUUUUGGUAUAAACAUCUAACUUCUUUUGAGUUUUAAUUCUGUUCUGGGCAAUAUUUGAACCUGAAGUUCUUUCUGCAAUUCACAGAGAUUAAUGCUCCUCCAUAAUUAAGUGGAUUGUAACAUUUAAUCAUGGGACAUGAAUCCCUUAAAACUAGAGUGCUGAUUCCAAAAUAUCAAUGACUUGCUAAUUUUUAUGUUUGAUCAUUUUGUGUUAGAGAAAAAGAGCAAGAUACCCUUAUGACUU